UGUAUCCUACGAGCUAAUGUUAGGCUAGUUAGAUGUAGCUGUAGAUAUUUGUCAUCUUACGCAGCUGUAGAAUGGACAUCACAAACGCGAUUGUUGGGAAACAUUAACAAUACUUGGCGGUGACAUUAUUAUUCGGCAUUGCUGUUGUCGUCGACGUCCCGCCCUGUAAUAGUUUUAAUCAUCAGCUGUCCCGUGUGUUAGCCGGUUAGCCUCCUCAGCUGGUUUCCUCAUCUGGCAUUUUGGACACGUCAAGGUUCCUCAAAUUUACAUCUUGAUUUUGUGGGGGUGUGAUGUCAGAACCGAAGUCCCCCACUCCUGCUGGUGACACAUACAAAGGAUGGGUCUUCAAGUGGACAAAUUACAUCAAGGGUUAUCAGCGGAGGUGGUUUGUCCUGAGCAAUGGACUUUUGUCAUAUUACAGGACCCAGGCAGAGAUGGGCCACACAUGCCGGGGCACGAUCAACUUGGCUACUGCAACAAUCACUGUGGAUGACGCCUGCAAUUUCGUCAUAUCAAAUGGCGGGGCUCAGACGUAUCACUUGAAGGCGAGCUGCGAGGUGGAACGUCAACGAUGGAUCACUGCCCUGGAGCUGGCUAAAGCAAAAGCCGCCCGCAUGCAGGCUGAGUCAGAUGACUCGGGCGAUGAUUUUCCUCCAUCAUCCCCAUCAGCGGCGCCUGGGCAAGGUGGAGGGUCACAAAAUACCGAAGUCCAGUCUGCUCUCCGGACUCUGGGCAGCAAAGUAGAAGAUCUCAGCACAUGCAAUGACCUGAUCUCAAAGCACGGCUCUGCCCUCCAGAGGUCUUUAUCUGAACUGGACAGUUUGUGUCUGACUGGAGAGGCUGGGGAUAAGAUUCGUCAGGUGACAGAAAGGGCGACGCUGUUCCGCAUCACUUCUAAUGCCAUGAUUAAUGCGUGCAGAGACUUCCUGGCCUUGGCUCAGGCUCACAGCAAGAGAUGGCAGAAAGCCUUGCAGGCGGAACGGGACCAGAGAGUAAGGCUGGAGGAGACUUUAGAGCAGCUGGCGAAGCAGCACAAUCACCUGGAGCGAGCAUUCAGAGGGGCUGCACAGGCGAAUGCAAGCACAGAUAACAAAAAUCCAUUGCAGUCGUUGUAUGGAGGUGCUGCUGGGCCAGGAAAAGGCGAGGCCAGCGAUGAGGAUGAUGACAACGAGUUCUUUGAUGCCAUGGAGGAAGCUCCUGAAUUUAUUACUGUACCUGCUGACCCUCAGUUCCACAAAAGGUCAAGCAGUAAUGUCAGUGGUCUCAACAGUGAAAUGUGCCCAGAUGAUCAAUCGCUUAAUGAGGAGCCGCUGACGAUGAACCAGGAGUCCCCCUCUAUGGAGUUGGUCCCCUUGAAAAAGAGGCGGACACGUAUCCCAGACAAACCCAACUACUCUCUGAACCUCUGGAGCAUCAUGAAGAACUGCAUCGGCAAAGAGCUGUCCAAGAUCCCCAUGCCUGUAAACUUCAAUGAGCCAAUCUCCAUGCUGCAGCGGUUGUCAGAAGACCUUGAAUAUCACGAGCUGCUGGAUAAGGCCUCAAAGUGCCAAAACUCUCUGGAACAGAUGUGCUAUGUCGCAGCGUUCUGCAUAUCUGCCUACUCCACCACCGUUUACCGCACAGGAAAACCCUUCAACCCUCUGCUGGGAGAGACGUACGAGCUGGACCGCCGGAGAGAGAGCGGCUAUCGGUCCCUCUGUGAGCAGGUGAGUCACCAUCCUCCUGCUGCGGCUCAUCAUGUGAUAUCUGAUCGCGGCUGGACCCUGAGACAGGAAAUCACUGUUGCCAGCAAGUUCAGGGGAAAAUACCUGUCCAUUAUGCCUUUAGGCACAAUUCACGCAAUCUUUGAAAAGGGCAACAAUCACUACACGUGGAAGAAAGUUACCACCACAGUGCACAACAUCAUCGUAGGAAAACUAUGGAUCGAUCAGUCGGGGGAGAUUGACGUAGUGAACCACACCACAGGAGACCGCUGCCACUUGAAGUUUGCUCCUUACAGCUACUUCUCUCGAGAUGUAGCCAGAAAGGUAACGGGCGUGGUGAUGGACAAGGACGGAAAGGCUCACUAUGUGCUCUCAGGCACGUGGGAUGAAAAGAUGGAGUUUUCCAGGGUGAUGCAGAGCAGUCGAGGAGGAGAAAACGGCACAGAGGGCAAACAGAAGACCGUCUAUCAAACCCUCAAAGCCAGAGAGGUGUGGAGGAGAAACCCUCUACCUGACGGAGCAGAAACCAUGUACUACUUCACUACGCUGGCUAUGACCCUGAACGAGCCCGAGGAAGGCGUGGCGCCCACCGACAGCCGGCGCAGGCCCGACCAGCGUUUAAUGGAGGACGGCCGCUGGGAUGAAGCCAAUGCCGAAAAGCAGCGUCUGGAGGAGAAGCAGCGCAUUGCCAGGCGUGAACGAGAGCGGGAGGCCGUGAACCAACGCACCUCCAGUCAAUCAGAAGAAGCUGUCGAUGAGGAUUCUCUUUCAGAUCCUUCAUUGAAAAGCGCUCCUCACGACAACUACAACGCACUUUGGUUUGACCGCGGUGAGGACCAGAUCACAGGUGAGCAAAUCCACGUCUAUAAGGGAGGCUACUGGGAAGCUAAGGAUCAAGGCGGCUGGGAGGGCUGCCCGGACAUAUUUUGACAUCGUCAUUGACUUGACAAAGUGCCCUGAAGAGACUGACCAUCACAGCUGCCAGGUGGAGGGCUGCGCAAAGCCCCGCUUGUCCCCUUACUUGGAUGGCUGUUUCCCCUUUCAGCGGCUCUCUGUUCUAAGAGAUCUCCCAGACUGUCACUGCUGUAGAUGAAGGGUGAGGUUGGUUUUUUUUGUUUUUUUUUAACCCCCCCCUCCCACCCUCCACUUUCCGUGUAACAUCUCCGUGGGUCCACUGUCGCCAUCUAUGAAGACUGGAAUCAAAAUGUGUGUCUUUUCGGUUCCGAGUUCGGUCAGCACAAGGAGGGAAUAGAGUAGAUCACUCGCUGAGCGUCAACCCAAGUUUGCUCAGUCUGGAUCAGGAGCAGAAGAGCUUUUGAGCAGAUGUGUGAUAAUGUAGUGUCCCUACUAUCAUCUACAGUGCAGUCUUCUUCGAUAAUAACUCUAAAAGGGGGUAAAAUCUAAGUAAUAUAUAUACACUUAUAGAUAAAUAUGAUUAAAAUGAUCUUUAAAAUGUCAACUGGUGGCCUUUAAAAUAUUAGCAAGAUAAUUUUUUUUUUUAUCUCUGAUUUUUUUUUUUUUGUCUUAAUGUAAUUAAGUGAAGGUUCUAGUGUGCUUGUGAGUGUAACGAUUAUCUGUUCUUCCAUCAUUUAACAACACAGCCGCUGUGCUCUACAGCGUGCUUAAUAAAAGACUCAAUCGUCCAGGAUACUGGUUCACCAUCCACACUAUCACAUUUAGUAGUUAGUUCUCUCUCUCAACAUGAAGGCCUAACAGAAAAUUGAUGAUAAAAGUUACUCUUCAGCCUUAAAAACGAGCAAACUUGCUCUAACUUGUGUGGAUAAAAUCCUUAACAUUUAUAGGUGGUUUCAAGUACAAAGCUGUUUUGAAGGAAGGGAAGCGCCGAUUUGGUAAAAUGGGAAAAAAAAAAGUUUUAUUGAACAGCUGUAAAUGAAAUGACUCUUUUUCACAGUGUUUUGCCAAUAGAGUAACGUUAUUAGAUUGCAAUAAGAAUGGUUUAACACACAGCCACAGAUGAUUGGUGUACAAGGUGAGAUGAGCGAGGAAAACAAACUGUAAUUGCCGUGGUGAACGAGUGCAAACGUGCCACUGUAUGUCUGCAGAGUUCAUGCAUAUGCAAGUACGAUUUGACAUCAAAAACAUAAAAUAAAGGUGUAUGCGUGUGACUGUGUGUGUGUGUGCGCAUUUCAUAAUUUUGUUUGUAAGUGUACUUAAAAAUGAAGAAUAAAGAAAAGAAUUUAAAAGCGUUGCAAAUAACUAUGAUUUUAUAAAUGUAUAGAAAUGAUAGUAUCUGUAACUGUAUUGUAGUUUUUUUUUGUUUUUUUUUUUUCUUCUCAUAUUUUGGUUCCUCUUGUAAUGUUGCAGGACUUCAUUUUCACAAAAAAAGGGAGUUCAUGUACUUGACUCAGACAUGACAUUUCUCAGUAUUUUGUAUUAACGCAGAAAAAAGGAAUCUGUAAUAAAUG